AUGGCGCCAUGGUCUUCCACCUCUCCUCACCUUCUUGCCACUGGGCAAAAUCCUAACAUUUCAUCCUGGUCAGGACGAGAUAAAAAAAGAGCAAGUGCAACUCAUGGAAAUCCAGCAGAAAGUUCGAAGAAGUUGUUACACUGGGAGCCUACGACAGAGAAGACAAGAUGGAGGACAUCCAAGGAAAGGAAGCGGCCAGAUUCAACAAACUUCAUGGAGAGAUUGGAAGGGAAGCAUGGGAAGUCCGUGGCUGUCGCUCACAAGAAAGAGAAUCACCAACUGACUAAAACCAAACAGUCUCUGGAAAAUCUGAAACACCUUCAAGACCACAAGAUGGAUCAAGAAGAAAAAAAACUCAGAAAAUUAUUACUGAAACCCUCAGAUGACGAAGUGGAAAAUUUGACCUUUGUUCCGUCCUUCAUAAAGAAUGCCUUGAGACAAAUCAGAAGAUCCUCAGAUGAUUUUUCAACACACAGAGAUCCUGAUAUUCCAAGGAUCUACACCACCUACCUCAACACUUUGAAGGAGGCAAACAGGAGGUUAAUGUCUGACUCAGACGGGCCAGAUAAUAUGUCAUCAACAAUCCCACGGCUGAAUAUCCCACGCAGAAGCAGCCUAGACCCAACCAACCAAUUUUUGCAGGAUGCCUUCUCUUCCCGUAAGGGUCUGAAUUCAAAAGUGAUAGACCCAUCAUCUGGUUUCCAGGUGUAUGAUAGAAAGAUGAAGAAUUUAAUUGACAAGAGUCCAAUUACUGUCGCCCCAAUGUUGAAGCCCCAUGAAGUCCUGAGCUGUAGGUACCUGCGGCUCUCCAAGAACAACAUCCAGACCUUGCUCAGAUUGUGUAAGGAAGCAGGAAUGGACGUAGACAUUCAUCCUCACAUGAGUGAAUCAGAAAUGAAUGCCAACCAGAUAUUCACCCGACGACACAGCGUUGCCCUCUAA